GCAACAGAUGGAUUCCAUGACUACCCGAGCUUCUCGUUAACAAUACCCUGUUCUGAGCUCACAUAUGCAAUUGUCAACAUAGGAUUUUGAGGUUGUUCCUUUUCGUGAUUCUCCUGUACAUAGAAUUCACAUUGUAUAUACGAUCAUAUAUAUCUAAACUUUCAUAUCCAGCGAUUGCCUACCAGAUCCAUCGGGGUUUUGCAUUAAGCAUUCGGCUUUUCAAUUUCUGGAGAAAUAUCUGCAUUUCUUUUGAAGCUUCUUGUCAAUAUGGCCAAUUUCGAAGAAUCGAGUCCCCUUUUGCCGAAUAAAAAAGACUCAGAAGCAAUAAAUGACAGUAAUUGCUCCACCGCCACGGUCCCCGCAUCGGCCGCCUCCGCGUCUCUGGAGAAGAAACCUUCCACCGCCGCUAUAACGGCAGCUCCAGCUCCUCCGCCGAAAGAGGAUCCGGGGAAGCAUCAACCAGCGUUUGUUCCGAUGGGGUGGACCGCCGGUGGGCUACCCAUGGGACACAGCGUGAUGGGUCAGCCGGUCAUGCGCAGGGCGGAGUGGGAUUCCGGCGUCUGUUCUUGUCUUGGCCAGAAUGAUGAGUUCUGCAGCAGCGAUCUUGAAGUUUGUUUACUGGGUAGUGUGGCUCCCUGUGUGCUCUAUGGAAGCAAUAUUGAGAGGAUUCGCUCUGACCCUGGCUCUUUCUCAAGCCACUGCUUGCACUAUGCUGGUUUAUACCUGAUUGGAAGUUCUUGUUUUGGUUGGAACUGCCUUGCUCCUUGGUUCACCUCUCAUAGCCGUACAGCUAUCCGCCGCAAGUUCAAUUUGGAGGGAAGUUGUGAGGGGCUUGCCCGAUCAUUUGGAUGGUCGAGUGCAUUUGUUGAGGAUGAGAUGAAGCGUGAACACUGUGAGUCUGCUUGUGAUGUUGCAACUCAUGUGUUCUGUCACGCUUGUGCACUCUGCCAGGAAGCUCGUGAAGUUCGGCGCAGGCUUCCUCAUCCUGGAUUUAACACUCAACCAAUCUUGAUGACGAUGGUCCCUCCGAGGGAGCAAACAAUGGGACGUUAAAUCUGGAGGAGUCACUUAUGUAUUCUUCUAACUUGGUUAUUCUGUAUUUAUUUUCUGGUUGGUGAUGAGUCACUACUGCUUCCAUUAAAGCUUAAGCAUAUCACAUCUCACUUUGCUGUUGACAAAAAGAUAUGACACUGUAUGCCCUCUAGUUACUUUUGAUUUAUCAAUGAUGAAACAAAACCGGUUCGUGUACUCCCCGGUCACUUUGCUGUGUA